CUAGAGAGAGAAGUAAGAAAGAAAUUAAAAAAAAAAUCUGAGAAAAAAACUAUGGAGAGAAGUUUUCUCUAUUUUACAAAAUAAUUAAAUUAGAGAGGAAGCCUAUAAUCUUCCUGCUAAAAGCUCACAAAAUCUGGUUUAGUCCCUUCUCAGGGUUGAAGGGGAGAACUUAAAUUUAUAGCAGAAGAAGGCCUUUGGAGAGAGCACUUUGCUGUUGGCUAUGGGAGCAUGCAUGUGCUGAUAUUGCAUUCAUAUGAUAUUGAUGGCAUUUUGCAGUGGAGUGUUCUUCCUGGGGCAUUUGAAGUAAAUGGAGAGAAACCUUGGAAAAGGUUCGAUGGAUCCACAGAAGAACCAUGAACAAGUUCGAUACAAUGUGGAAGCCAGAAAUGAGGCUGUUGGGUCUGCAAAUCAAAGAUUUUUCCUUGAUCCAUCCAGCAAUAUUAAUACCAAUAUCCGACCUCCAGAUUACAAUAUGUCAGUGGGUGCUAGACCUGUGCUAAAUUACUCCAUUCAGACUGGUGAGGAAUUUUCUUUAGAAUUUAUGCGGGAAAGGGUUUUGCCAAGGCAACCCUUCAUUCCAAAUGCUUAUGGUGAUCACUCCAUUCAGACUGGUGAGGAAUUUGCUUUAGAAUUUAUGCAGGAAAGGGUUUUACCAAGGCAACCCUUCAUUCCAAAUGCUUAUGGUGAUCCUAACAGUGGACCUGUCUAUAUGGAUCUAAAAGGCAUAUUGGGAAUUCCUCAUACAUGUUCUGAGAGUGGAUCUGAUAUCUCUAUGGUCAACACACUUGAAAGAGGCUGUGCCCAGGAGUUUGAGAAGAAGGCUCCUUCUGCAC